CGGGGUUGCAUAGAGUCGUGCAUUCGUGCAAGCGACGGAUGGAUGUUACACCAAAUGUACGCGAAGGGACGACGAGAGGGGACGAGAGAGAGAUGGAAUGGAAAGAAAGAAAGACGGGCAAGGGGAAAACGGGCAAAGGAGACGCACGCUUCGUAAAAGCCGCCGCCGAUCAUUUCGAGGGAAAGGAUGGAGCCCUGCGAUCCGGCAGGGUCGUCGCGAGCGCGGAGAAUGCGGGUGCGCGCAUUUUGGCGCCGACGUUGGUCGCGUGGGCGGCGAUUUUGUGCGCGGAGGAGCCCGUCGCGGACGGGGGGCGUGCGCACAGGUAUGCUCUCAGGUGCGGUGCGCAUGGGGACUGAGGCGUGCAGAAGGCUCUGAGCGCGCUAGAUGUGCACCUGGGUUGCGUGGUUGGAGAGCCGAGGUGGCCUGGGCGAGACUGUGAGUGACGUUGAGCGCGCGCGCAAAGGCAAGGCAUGUCGCCGCUCAAGAACGCGCACGCGGAAGGCCUCAGCGACGCGGGAGAGGAGUGCAGGGUAGACGAUGGGGGCGCGUCAGCCGCCGCGUCUCCUCCUUGCCGAUCUUCUGCGUCGCACGUCGUGCGAGAAGCUCCCCGUCCUAUACCGCUCAUACAGCAGCCAAGGGUGGAGGGGGGCGUGACGCCGGGGGAAGGCAAGGCCGGCCAGUGCGCGAGGAUGCGGAUGCGGAUGCGGAUGCGGCAGCGGCGGCCUGGUCGAGGAGGGCGGCGCGUAUGUGAGCGGUGCUCGCCG